GAUAGAGAAUAUUGACAAACAAAAGUUUUUUUAAAUCUUAGAUUGCAAAAUAUAUAUAUAUAUUUUUUACAAUUUACGUAUAAAUUCUUGAAGUGGGUGGGUCUGUCAGCUAAAAGCAGCAUGUUUUAGAGUCUCUAUAAUCCAGUUAAUAGUUUAUUAUUAAAUUUGUUGACGAUUAUUUUGAAUAACUGGUUGUUUCAGCCCUAAUGUUCACCAAAUUGAAAUGUUUAAUGUACCAACUCAGACAUUCAAAGAGUUGAUCCAGUUUAGCAGGUUGGAAAUAAUAGUUUUAAACAAGGUUUCUUUUCCUCCUUUAAUGUUCCAACUCUCUCUCUUCUAAUUGUUGAAAGAAAAAGUCCUCUUGGUUUAAUUAAAAUACAUUUACAUCUAAAUUUGCCAGGGAUUUUCUAUAAUUUUCAACUAAAGUGUACAGAUAAAGACACUCAUGAACCAAACAAAAAUACAUUUAUGCUUCUUAGCUUAGAUGAAUUCCAUCUUUUGUUGAUAACAAUCAUCCUCCCGAAAUAGACUUUGCUGUUUACCUGCAAAACCAGUGUUUAUUAGGAAGUUAGUUGAAAUUUACUAGAAAACAGAUAUUCAGGACACAACACAAAUUAUUUUAUAAUAUGCAUGCUUACAAAAUCCCACCUACAGAAUUUUAAGCAAUCAUUUUUAGUCUAUUUCUUCUUUGUAUACAAAUAUAAGGUAUUCAACAUGUCUUCAUAGAAAGCAAAGUUUGUUAGCACAAAUUAGAUCAAUAAAGCUUUCUCUGAUGUAUUUAGGUGCUAUCACCCCUCCUUGCACAUCUACAAUCAGUGGAGGCAGUCCCUCAGUUUAACUACACACCCACAGGAUGAAAUGAGCAGUAGAGGAAGUAGGAGUAGCCAGUCUUAGCAGCUAUACAUGUGCAGUUGGGCUGCAGGCUUUCUGCAGCUCUCUGGUGAGCACGCCUGAUGAUGGGGCAGAAGCGUAGGGGGGUACAGUUGGAAACGGCGUCAUGUUGACAGGAAGAGGAAGUGGUAAGCUGUUUGAACUACAUGGUAAACCAUGAGACCUGUCUGUUCCUGUCUCUACAUGAUCUCAGCCCGGGUCCAAAUGUAGAUUUAACUGGUUUUACAAAAUCUCUCACUAAAAAUCUGGAAGGAGCAUCUUCAACCUUCUACACUGUGGCACCUAUUUGACCAAUUCAAAGGACUAGAAAAAAACUAAAGAAUGACACAAAACGGUGCCGGAUCAGGCAGCAGUACCAAAAGAAAGACAGAAGAACUUAAAAUUGUGAUUGUGGGAGAUGGAGGCUGUGGGAAAACAUCUCUUCUGAUGGUUUAUGCCAAAGGUGAUUUUCCAGAGAAAUAUGCUCCAUCAGUGUUUGAAAAGUAUGUCACAUCCAUCUCUCUCGGAGGAAAAGAGAUUCAGCUCAACCUGUAUGACACAGCCGGACAAGAUGACUAUGAUCGACUCAGGCCACUUUCAUACCAAGAGGCUAAUCUGAUUUUAGUGUGCUUUGAUGUCACCAACCCCACCAGCUUUGAGAACGUCCGGAUCAAGUGGCACCCAGAGGUGAAGCACUUCUGUCGAGACAUACCAGUAAUCCUAAUCGGCUGUAAAACUGACCUCAGGAAGGAUAAAGAGUGUGCGAGGAAGCUGAAGGCCAUGAAUCUGGAUCCCAUCACUUACACACAGGGUGAAGACACGCGGCAGGAGAUGAACGCAGAGCUCUACCUCGAGUGCUCGGCCAAAUAUCAGGAGAACGUGGAGGAUGUUUUCAGGGAGGCGACGAGAAGAGCGCUGGCCUUUCAGAAAAAACAGAGGAACCACAAGAGGAAGAAGAAAUGUGUUGUUCUGUGAAGAUAAAGACUUUCAGGAUCCCACUCUCUCGCAGGCGAAUGUUAGAGGAUCAUGUUAUAUUUAGUGCAUUUGGACACUGAGAUGCUAAAUAUACUUUGCAUCGAACACAAUGAGGGGGAAAAAAAGCUGAUAUGAAGAUUUUUGUUUACAGAUUACCAUGCUUGGUUAGUAAUCCUCCUCAGUGCAACAAAAAUGACAACCGGCGCAACAGGAAAGGCAAUUUUGCAAGAUGAAGAGAUAUUUUCUGAAGUAGCAAACAAAACAAAAAAAAUAAUAUUUGGUACUUUUAAAGUAUGCAGAAGCAUUUUUUUCCUAACAGUAUUUUUAUUUUUACUGAAACUGAGGAUUAUUUAUUAAGUGAAAAUUAUUCAGUUCUUGCUGACAUUAGUAAACAACACAUUCCUAGACAGAAUAGUUAGGUCUCAUCAUGGUACUGUAGCUUUAAAGCAGCUCUGGUUAGCUCCCAGCAUGACUGAAUCAAUCAGGAUCUUUAAAUUUACCAACAGCGCCCACCAGAGGCAGAAAAUGGAAAAGCACGUUUAAUGUCAGCCCUGUCAACCCAACAAAGGUCAAUAUUCAUAAAUAAAUGAAUGAAACUUUUGCAUAUUUGUGUUUAAUGAAGCAGAUUUACUUUGUUUACAACAUACACAGGUUAAAGAAAGUGGCAAUUGCCCUCCGCUACUGACCUCACACUGUGAACCCAUUUGAAACAAACAGUCGCUUUAUGAAACAGAUUGUUUUGUGCAGUAUGGCAGCUCUAACAUUAAAUGUAACCAUUUGAUCUCCAACAAGCUUCACAUUCCCCUGAAUAAAAACAAAAAGGACUCAUAAGGGCAGCCAUUCUCUAAAGGAUAUCAAGUUUUGUCAAGGGAACUAACACUGGCAUUUUCUAAACGGUGAACGUUGUCAAGGAUAAGGCAAGAGAUUAAGAGAAGUUUACAGUGAAUUAUUUGAUCAAAUUAAAAUCUUGGUGUACCGAUAUGCUUAUAACAAACUGUAAAAAAAACAACAGCUGACUUAAUCAGAGUAGCAGCAGCGUUUGAUCGCAUGUAACAAAACGGUAACAAAACAUCUGAAAACUUUUCAGACUUAAACGGUGGAUUUUUCUAACUUCUUUAUAAUUUGAUCAAUUAACCUAAAGUUUCUUAAUUCUUAAAAAAACAAGAGAUUAAGACCAUCAGUCAGAUGUUUGUUCUUUUUUCUUAUUUAAAUGUUAAGACAUAACGGAAGGUGGUUAUAUGAAAAAAUAUAUUUCUGGUAAGAAAUAUUUAAGGAAUUCCCAUGCUACAUUUUAUUUGCACCUCUUUCACUGGUUGGUCUGAAGAGAUUUU